AAUGUCUUUUUUGCACAAAAAGUAUAUUAUAUGUUCUCAUUAUGCGUCCAUAUACUCCGUGUACAAACGGCUGUUAAAAACAAAACAAUGCUGGGGCUGAGCGGCCGGCAUGUAUAAUUCCCCAUAGGCACGUGUACUUCCACCGCUGUAGAGCUUGCUUAUCCAUUCGUGUCUUCACCGAGAAGCACAUCUGCAAUUCUGCUUCUGCCCAGACCGAGCAUGUAGCUUCUCUUCCGAGAGAUCCACAUCCCGACCUCCCGUUGCUCUGGGACACGCCGCCGCUGCCGCUUACGCCUACCGCCGCCAGGAUCCCCCCUCCCAAGCUCCACCCGGCCAUGGCGCGGGCAGAUGGGAAACCCCCCCACUCCACCGGUCAUUGCGUGAGCUACACACCUGCGCCACCGGGGAGUCUCCAAUGACGGAGAUGACCGGCUCCUCUGCAGAGGAGUUGGCACCGGCCAGCUAGAGGCCGCCGUGGCUCCAGCACCGACGGCCACUCACUCUCGUAGAGGCCGGCCCUGUCGCCUUGUUACUACGUCCUCGCCUUGUCCUGUGCUCGUUCGCCAUGGAUCUUGCUCCAGUGUUCCUCUUUCGGUCUCUGCUCUCUCUGUUUGCUGAUUUGCAGCCAGCAACACACCAAUUUGGUGUCUUAUUUUCCACUUUUACUCGCUCAAAUAGUUCAUAAAUUUAUCUGUUUGUUGAUUCUCUAGUCAGCUUGCUGAUUUCCGGGCAACUCGCGAUGGUAUAUAAAUUGGUGCCGCCUCCCCGCCAUGGCCGCCGCCCCCCACAAGCUUGCACCGCGGUGGUCCGCCGCUCCGACGCCGAAGAACUCCUCACUCCGGCCGACUCUCCAUGUUUUCCUCCUUCAUCUCCACGCAUGCCUCCCGCCUCGCUGCCGUCGCCUGAUGCGGGCACCCGAGCGCAGCGCCGCCUCCCUGCCAUGGCCGCCCCGGCAAGUUAGAAACUUCGCCCGUCCACGCAGAUCGAGCAAGGGGAGGCCGGCGGACGGGCGGAUCAACGCGGGAGGCUUGGUUGUGGCUGGAACCAGGGCGCGGCGGAGCAGAGGAUGUGGAUCCGGGCAGUGGCGGCCGGAUCCCGUCAGAGUCGUGGGCGGAGGCGGGCGGCGCGGCUGCCGGCGAAGCUCGGGGCGGCCAUGGCGGCGCUGCAAUGAGAGGGGGAGAGAGAUGGGGAGAGGGAGGGAGGAAGGAGAUGGAGGAGGAGAAGGCAGAGGCGGCGACAUGACCUGGUCGCGGCGGCGGCGAUCUCCGGUGAGGCCGGCCGGCACGGCGACGCGACAGAGGAAAGCGGGGUCGGGGCGAGCGCGUGGCGCGGAGCCGAGCUCCCUGGCUUGGACGCACACGUUUCUGCUCCUAAAAAGGACCGCGGGUAGGGUAGAAACAAAUGCAGGGCCGUUUCCAUAAAAACGAAGCGUUUUCUUAGGUACCGACUUAAAAGUAGGACUGCGGGUUGAAUUCUCAGAAAUAGAAGGACUUUUAUGCAAAUAUACCGACGACGUACGACCAGAAGCAGUAGCCGCUUUAUUAGUAGGUAAAGAGGUAAAGAUAAAGAUAAAGAUAGGGAAAGAUAAGGUAGAGAUAGAGAUAGAGAUAGAUAUUAGAGAGGAACCAACGACGUACAAGCGGUCUGACUAAAGUUUCCUAUCAGAAAAAAAAAGUCCAUACUUUCUUCUCUCUCAAAAAAAAAUCAUACUUUCUCCCUGUGUCCACUAAAAAAAUAAAAAUUCUCCGCGUGUCAUACUCGGUUUUCUCAAAGAAAAGAAAAAAACUGUCUGCUUCCUUACGCUAAAAAUAUAUAAAUACAAUCUUGUUCCUAAUAAGUGGAUCAGGCGCCGGUCAAUUCUCCUGUCACAAAUCCUAGUCCCGGCGAACCGAGGGGACGAUGCCGCCAGGAGUAGGAGAAGGAGGAGGAUAUAGCUGCACGGAGCAGGACCCCUUACCGGCGACCAGUCACCGUGGCCGCGACGAGGACGCUCCGUCCCGUUCCCCACCGCUCCCCGUCGUUGCUCCCGAGGAGAAGAAAAAGAAGAAGAAGCUGACGCUCGAGCACGAGCAGCAGCCCGCGGUGGACCUCUCCGAUGACGUCAUCAUCGAGAUCCUGUCGCGGGUGUGCUACAAGUCGCUCUGCCGCUUCAAGUGCGUGUCCAAGUCGUGGCUCGCCCUCUGCUCCCGACUCGACAUCCGCAAGAGGUCACCGCAGACCCUGUCCGGCCUCUACUUCUUCGGAGAGGAACGCGGCGAGGGCCUCAAUUUCCAUGAUCUGGCAGGGGGUGGGCCCCCUUUGUUCGAUGCCGGUCUCUCUUUCUUGGCCAGUUAUUACUAUGAACAAGUUGGUGUCGAAAAAUGUUGCGGCGGCCUUCUGCUUUGCGUGUGCUGGAAACCACGCUCAGUGCAAGUGGAUUUCGAUUAUGUCGUGUGCAAUCCGGCGACUGAGAAGUGCACUAUAUUGCCUGCUAUAGAGGUCGGCAACCGACCGGAGGCUUUCCGUAUGCUGGGAGGUCACCUUUGUCAUAUAGACCAAGCUGAACGUUUUUUGGGUUUUGAUACAGCCAACCCCUCCAGUUUUGUGGUGGUCGUGCCCCUGGCAACUUGUUUUGAUGUAAUCAAAGAAGUGGCGAUCUACUCAUCGGAAACUGGACGAUGGACUUUUGCGCUGAAUGAGUGGAGACGCGACGCUAUGGUUCGUGGUGAUCAAUCUGCCAUCUUUCUGAAUGGAAUUGUGCAUUUGACUACCUUCGAUUCUUCAAUAGUAACAGUGGACAGCGAGGGAAAGAUUUGGAGAGAAAUUAGAGCGCCAUACUUGUCGGCUGCCAUUGGACUGUCUCAGGGAUGCUUGCAUGCUUGGAAUGUAGAUGAUCGUUGCCAACUCUUCGUUUGGGUUCUUGAGGAUUAUGCUAGCGGAAAAUGGACACUAAAGCACACUGCUAAUGUUUUGGGACUGUUCGGAAGGUAUUCUCGCAAAGAUGACGAGUCCUACAAGAUGCUGGCAAUUCAUCCAGAUUGUAAUUCAUUUUUCCUUACUGAUGGGAAGAUGACAGUCUUAUACAAUAUGGAUAAUCAGAAACUGCAAGUUAUCAGCGCUUCCCAGGAAUUCGUGGGUUGUGUGCCUUAUAUUCCUUGUUUUGCAAAAUGGCCCUCAGUAAUAGUAGCGCCCUCAUAAAAAAAGUUUGUUGGAUAUAGGCCUAAUCUUCUGGUUGUGGCACUAUACAUAGCUUGAACAUGGAUAUGUAACAGCUCAUAUGUCACCGAUGAAGGAAAUGGUUCAGUUUAACCAUAUUU